AUGGAUUUUAUAUCUUUUCCAGAAACUGCUGUUGCCAAACUCCAGAAUAACCAUGUAGGCGUGGGUCACCCCCGACACCUAGCGGCUGCAAAUGACCAGGUGGAACUGACAGGCACUGGACUUGAUGAUGGAGUCCUCAUCUACAACCGAAUCCCCAAAACAGGAAGUACUUCUUUCGCUGGAAUUGCCUAUGAUCUCUGUAAACGCAACAAGUUUCAUGUCCUUCACGUCAACACAACAAAGAACGCACACAUCCUGUCACUCUCAGAUCAGGUCAGUAAUUAGCUCACCUGGUCCAAAGGGUGGUUCAGCUUAUAUUGUGGUGAGGCAUCUGUUGGCUUGCUGUCAUUUGUCAAUUUUUCAUUUAAAUUGCUACUUUUCAUGAAUGACUGAAUGGAUUUUGACUAAAUUUGGUCAGAGGCAUCCUUGGAGGAUGGAUGGAAAACAAAUUUUGCAUAAAUAGUGACCCUUUAAGGGAUUGCCCAAUAGCAGAAACAGAGGCGUUCCUUUAAAUUGCUACUUGUCAUGAAAGAAUGAAUUCUGACCUAUUUUGUCUGAAGCAUCCUUUGCUAAAG